AUGAAGAACCUGCUCUCCACGCUGGUGUCUUUGAGCGCCCCAGCCCCCCAGCAGAACUCUGCUCCCCCUUCGGCAGUGUGGGUGUCCUGUCCUGCCAGCCCCCUGGGCACAACCUCUGCCCGCCCCCACCACUGGGGCCCAGAUUCCAGAUUAUACUUGGAAAGCCUUGGCCUUGGGCCCCUCGGCCAGCCUUCAUGUCAUGCCCUUCAUGGUCAGCAUCAGGAACCCACCUUCCACACCCAGCCUGUCCCACUGUUCCUCCCGGCAAAGAUGCCAGGGUCGCAGGGGGGCGGUGUACAGUACCUGCAGUGA